GAAGUGGCCUUGGAAUGAUUGAGAUGCGACUUUUCUGAAGUUGUGUUUUUCUUUAGAGAAUGAACAUUAGUGGAUUUGAAAUCAAUCACGGGCUUCAGUUGCAAUUUUGUGGGAACCCAUAUUGCAGUUCUAUUACCCCUCUCUGUUUUGCGGGAAUUGACACAUUGUGUGCUCGCAAUCGUUGCAAAUCUAAUUGGUAUCACUUUUCUCUCGGAGAGCAUGUUUGCUCUAACUGUUUCGAGUUUUUGAAUACUAACAGUCCAAAGCAUAAAUCCCAGUCGGUCAAUUCCGUUUGGCGCCAUCGCAUGAAUUCAUGGCGACGGGAAUGGUUAAAGAAGUCAAGCCAAUUAGGUCGUCGUCGAAUUCUAAACGCGGCUAACUUUUUGGCAGCACAAAUGUUACCUUGGUGGUUAAAAUGCGACAAAUGUGGUCAAUGGCGCCAGCUUCCUCCACAGACUCCUGUAGGAUCUUCGAAAUGCAAUUACAGACCUGAUAAGUUCACAUGCGCGGACGUAGUAAAGUUGUCGGAUAACCCUUGUUCCUGGCCAGUAGAUCAACGCGCAAAAAUUGUCAUCAAUAAACCUCAUGACUUUUUGGCCAGUAUGCAAACACAUGCCUGGUUACAAGCAUCACCUGCUCUGAAAGUUUCGUCAUCAUAUGGUGUCGACUUGGCUGGUCUGUCUCCCGAUCCACUUCCAGGUUCCACUGUUGAAGAUGAGAAAUCAAUACCUUCUGACAGUCCUUUUGAUGUAUUUGAGGAGGAUGGGGCAUUUUCUCCGAUUGACUUACACGCUUGGGAAAGAUUCUCAUUCUCUGAAAUGUCACGUUUUCCAACUUUAUAUUUAGCUGUACGAAAUUUAGUUCUUUGUUUGUGGUUUCGUAAUCCUAAACGUCUAGUAACCAGUAAAUUUGCAGCUAAUCAUUGUUUUGUUCGAGGUUUACUACGUAUAGUUUUGUGUGAAUAUUGGAUACCACAUUUAAUUGAAGAAUUUACCUGUCGUGGUCUAAUCAAUGUUGGUGUUUGUCAAACCGAUUCAUUUGAUCAAAUUAAUGAGAUUGUCACCGAUGUUUCCAACAAACAGCAACAGCAACAAACGCCUUCAAAAUUUCAAUUACGGUUAAUCGGUGAUUUCGAUCUGACAACUGCCGUAGCUAUUCGUCAACUAUGGAAUGCACUUUAUCUACAACAGUUACAUGUUAAAUCUAGUCAACAGGUUCAAUCACAACAAAAGCAGAUUUAUUUUCCAUUAUCUAUUAAAUUAAUACCUUCUCCUAGUGUUGCUGAUCGAUUGUCAACAUUAAAACAUUCAUCAAAUCAUAAUCCAUUGAAUAAUAAACUUACAGAAUUAUUGAUUCAAUUUCCCACUUCAAAUCAUACUCAAAACACUACUGAAACGAUGGCGACCAAUGAAUUCGAUACAAGUAUAUGUGAUAGUAAUAAUAGUCAUAGUCAUAAUUAUAAUGUUGAACUGAAAAACUUAACACCAAAUGUUAUGGAAUCGAAAAAUUCCAAAAAAUAUCCAGUUUUAUCUAUCCCAUCAUUGGUGUCUCCUGUUCAAAUGGAUAAAAGCAAGAAUUUAUCAGGCAUAUUUGUACCAUUACAUUCAUGGUCAGAUCGUAUCUAUACUUAUUCACAUCAUCCAGUGUCGAUAUUUGCUUGGCAAACUGGACUAGAACUACAUCCUGUUGCAAAAUGCCUACUUUUACAGUCUUCGUCAAAUGGAUUUGUAAAUAAUAGCAAAAGUAAUAAUAAUUAUGACAAUUCCAGUGAGAAUAAUAACCUUAACAAUCUGACACUCGUUCCAUCGGAACAGUCUGUUCGUAUAGAAUUCCAUGUUGAAGCUGUCUUAGACUUAGUUGCUCAACUGUAUUCAAAUAAAACGAACGUUGAAGUUAAUCCGAAAUUAGAAGAAAUGGAUGAAGUGGAUUUUGUCAGUGAUAAUAAUAAUAAUACUAUACUAAGAUCUCUCACCCAUGGAUUACUUGACAGAACUUCUUCCGUUGAAGAUUGUUGGGAUAAAAUGGAUGUAGAAGUUCGAAGGCGCCUAACUGAUUUAACAGGGAAUUCAAUUGAACAAAGUCUAAUUGAAUAUUUCUUAGCUUCCAUUGAAUAUGAUUUAACUGAACCAUUAACUACAAAUUUCACCGAAUUGUCAAAAUCCUCCUCCUCAUUAUCCUCAUCAUCAUCUGUGCAAUAUUUACAAUCAUCAACAGCUCGUCUAGAUCAAUUGUCAGUGUCUCAGUUCAACGAGGCCACUGUCACUUCAACCGAGUCCAAUCAACAACGAUUGAAUAGUUUAGAUGCUAGUAAUCAUAAUGAAAAUCUCACUGCUUAUGUGAUUCGUACACCGUCAUCACCUAUAAAUUGUAUCAAUGAAUUCAAUAGUUGUUUACUUCCAGGUCCUAUAAAUUAUUUAAAGAAUUGUUUAACGAAAGAUAUUAUUGCUCAUGAAAUUGAUAAUAAUAAUAAUAAUAGUGGUUUAAAUCAGCUAGUCUCAAUUCUUGUCGUAGAAAAUAAUGAUUUCAAUGUAAAUACAAGUAAUUUAUCAUCAACAUCAUUCUUAGAUGAUAAUAAUAAUAAUAAUAAUAAUAAUAAUAAUAAUAAUAAUAAUAAUAGUAAUCUUUUGAAUGUUGAUAAUUCAUUGCGAAUUGCUUCAACUCCAUUGAAACAUUCUGCCUAUAUUGAUCAUCACCACAAUACUAACAACAAGAAAGCUAUUUCAAAUAAUCUGAAAAGUAUUCGUUUAAAUUAUACCAAUGGUGGAACUGAACUUGUUGAUUGGGUAAUCGUGACAACUCCCAUUGAUCAAAUCCGUUUACAUUUUGUCUCUAAAGCUUUGGAAUCAGGCAUUGCAUUAAAUCAAUCUGUCCGACAUUCAAAACAAACCUACCUAUCAAUUUAUUUACCCUUUUAUCUUCGAUCCAUUUUGAUUGAUGAACACUAUUCACUCAAGAAUGAACCAUACAGUUUAGAUAUAAACCGUUCAAUAGACAAGAGUAUUGAUCAGCAUCCAAUCAACGCUCGUCUAAUUACUGUCACAUUAGUUUAUCCGUCAAGCUGGUGGAGACAGUAUACUAAUUCUGAAAGCUUUAUGGUUUCUGAUUCAGGCCAAACAGAUUCAUCUCAUGGCGAUAAGUUCAGUGAAUUAUUCUCAUUCCUUCCAGAUAGUCGAGAAAAUCGAGGAUUUUGUCAUGUUUUUCGUGAUCUACGUCCAGAUAUUAGCUCUCCAGGAAUUUUACAAACUCAAUUAUUCGCAGCUGCAGCCGACCAUUGGUGGGAGAAAACAGAUAUUCUUUUACAAACUGCUGUAGAUCGAUAUUUGAAGACACAUUUCAUGAUAGCAUCAAGUGAAGAAUGUCAAUUCUCUGACCGGUUUCAUUUAUUAUCCUCAUAUAUUGCUCGUUUACAAGCGCCCAGUAUAAACACUCCCAUGAAUUGUGUUUGUAUUGUGAAUAAUAAUAAUACUGAUGAUGUUGAUGAUGAUGAAGCAUAUGAGGAACAGUGGCUUCGUGUGAAACAAUCUGGUUGGAUGGAACUUGUCAGACAUACUGGAAUAUUUAUUGUGAAUUUAAUGCAGAAUCACCAUUGUCUAGAUUAUGAUAGUCGAAAGGAAAACUAUUUACAUAUCAAUCAUCAUCAUCAUACACAUUGUUUAACUCCAUCAGAAAUGAUUUACAUGUCAAAUCCACUUCAUUAUUGUGGUAUGGAUGCUGUGUCAUCAGCUGUACAAGCCGGUUUAGAAUUGGCAAAUUUAACUUUACACUUAUUACCACAGAGAAAUCAAUUUCAGCAUACAUUCUCUUCUAUCUUAUCCUCUGAUGACGUAAUCAUCAAUGUCGAUGAUCAUUCAUCCAAUGAUACUACUGCCGGUGAUCUUAACAAUUCCAAUGAAUCAUCAUCAUUCACUCAUUCCAAUUCUCAUCAAUCAUCCGAUAAUUAUGAUGAAAUGAUUAAAUCUUCCAGCAGAAAUUAUGUCAACGAUCAUUCCGACUGUUUAAGUGCACGUACUAGACGUUUGUUAAAACGCCGCCAUUCGGAAUCUGAUCAAAAUCUUGCCUGUUUAUAAUGAGUGGUAGAUGUAUAUUUUCUGUAUGUAUGUAUGUGUGUGUGUCUGUCUGUCUGUAAAUAAGGCUUCAUUAUUUGUGACUGUGUAUGGUUUAGUUUGUUUUAUUUGCUCCCUCUCUCUCUCUCUCUAUUCCUCCAUCCUUCCAUGUAAAUAGAUAUACAUUUCCAAAUGUAUAUAAUAAUAAUAAUAAUAAUAAUA